UAUCCUGCCUAGCCCGCCCCUCUCGACUUCGCAGCUCUCAACCACACCGAUCAUCACGACAACACAAAUCCAUCAAUAUGGGUAAAGUUCACGGUUCUCUUGCCCGUGCCGGCAAGGUCAAGUCUCAGACUCCCAAGGUUGAGCCCCAGGAGAAGCCCAAGGUCCCCAAGGGCCGUGCUCUCAAGCGCCUCAAGUACACCCGCCGUUUCGUUAACGUCACCCUGACUGGCGGCAAGAGAAAGAUGAACCCCAACCCCGGCUCCUAAGCGCGAUACACGAUAAAGCGAAUGGACGAAAUGUAAAAAUCGGGAAGGGGAUUUUAUUGGCAAAUCUUGGCAACGACGGCCGCAAUGUCUGUGAUGAAAGCAGGCCUAUGCGGAAAGCGGAGGGCGGUUCUACAUCAAAGGAUCAUGCUCGACGAUGCGACGGAGGUUUAACUCGGCGUCAUGGUGUCCCUUUGUCAAAUGAAUACAACAUGCAUCAACGCAAUACGGUCUUGGGCAUCCACGUUGAGGCUGGGUGCUGUGAGCGUAGGACUCUGCACGACCAGCACUGCUUUGGGACUGCCGCCCCGUUCGUCUGGUGACCAAAUAUCUGCUGUAACCUCAUGUUGUCGUCCACUACCCUAUGCGGCACCCGACAGACGUCACGUG